AUGGCCCCUCGAACAGUUGUUGUCAUCGGUGCUACGGGCCUACAGGGCGGCUCCGUAGUAUCAGAACUCCUUCAACACCCCGGCACCUACAAAGUCCGGGCCCUCACUCGCGAGCCCACAAAACCCGCAGCUCAAUCUCUCGCUGCGCGCGGUGCUGAGGUCCGACGCGCUGAUCUCGAUGUCGGCGCUGAUGAUCUCGAAACCGCCUUCUCCGGUGCACACGCUAUCUACGCCUUGACCGACUUCUGGCAGAAGCAAUCCGCUUCUGCGGAGAUCGCACAGGGCAAAUCCAUUGCAGACGCUGCGGCCCGCAUCCCGACUCUCGAGCAUUUUGUCUGGAGUGCGCUGCCGGACCCGGAGAAGCUUUCUGGUGGCCGAUUCCUGAAUGUUAACCACUGGAAGAGUAAGAGUCUGGUGACUGAGUAUAUCCAGCACGAAAAGCCAGAAUUGUGGGCGAAGACCACGACCAUCCUCUUUCCGAAUUAUUUUGAAAAUUGCAUCACGACUCCAGAGAGGUACCUACCUGUGCCGGAUGCGAAUGGGAUCUAUACCCUAUCAUUCCUCCAUAGUCCAGACACGGUGAUGCCUAAUGUUGCUAUCGCUGACACUGGUAAACUCGUACGGAUUAUCCUCGAGGCUGGCUCGGAGUACUUUACAAAGACAAUCGCAUUUUAUUCCCAAGCCCUCUCGGAGGCGGAAAAGCUGAAUGCACUAUGUGAAAGAUAUAACAUCCCAACACAAUACCGCAAGAUCAGCGCCGACGAGUUCCAGCGGAUUCUCGAAUCUCGGGAUGGCAUGUCUGCGGAGAUGGCACUGGACUUUACGGAGCAAUUAUUGAUCUUCGAAGAAUUUGGGAAUAUCUAUGCGCGGGAGGAGUUUGUUCAAGCCAAAGAGGUGAAUAUAUCCCGGGCUUGA